AUGAGUCAAGAAAUGUCUCCGGACUUCGUGUUGAUGCGCCUCGUCUCCGCGGCCGAGUACGACCACCUGGACCAGCCAGAACAUCUCAUGUCCGGGAAAGGCGGGCUGGGUCACAGCGGCGGGUUCAAUGUUGAUUCCGGUGUGCCCCCGCCAGCCCAUGGCUUGGCCUCUCCGCACUACAGCUCGCCUCUGCCCGGCAAAGGUGAGCUGGAAGGCGAGCUGCUGUUGACGCAGGUUCCCCCGGUCUCCGAGGUGCCGCCUUCCCGCCCACCGACGGAGGACUUCGUUGUCGCGGCUCAGCGCUUUGUGGAUUUCCCGCUGGCGCACGGACACAGUUCGGAGGUGCCUGGGUCCAGAGCGCAGCUGAUGGUGUUCCAGAACCUGCUGCGCUCCACUGACCGGAUCCUGGAGUUCGGCCUGGAGAAGCCCUCCCCUUCGGGUUUCCUGCAGGAGGGAGGAGAGAGACAGCAGAUGGGCUCGGGCUCAGGUUCCUGUCCGGCUGGUCCGAGACAGGACCAGAACCCUCGCUGUGUCCUGUCUUCAGAGAAAAACCCUCAGUGGCGUCCAGAAGGCACGGAUGGAUCCAAGCCGGGUGUUACCCCUUCUGGGUUCGUCGUCUGCCACCGACACUGCCUGGCUAAAUGGCCCCCAGGCCUGCUGGAUCAGGCCCUGCGCCUGCGCCUGGGCCUGCUGGAUCCCAGGAAGAACUGUGGUGCCAGUGACAAAGACCUGGUCCUGGCUCUGGCACAGAGACUGCACCAGCUGGGGGAGGAGAAGGUGGGAAGUGGGGGAGGGGAUGAAACGGUAGCCACCCUCCCUCGGUGCUCCUGUCUACUGGACCCUGGGACUGAGGGAGUGGGACCAGGAGAGGACCCAAGUGAGACCAGUGAUGCCCUGCUGGUACUGGAAGGGUUGGGGACUGAUGAGGUGGGGAGACCGGGAGGGGAGGGCUGCGGGGAAGGGGGGACUAGCAGGAGGGUGGGGCCCGUGUUUUCAAGCGGUACUCUCAGCGGCCUGAUGCAGCAAGUCCACAGACUGGCCGGGGAGGCGGGGGUCUGCACCAAUCAGACCUGGGGUAACUCGCUGGACGGACACGGUUCUGCCUGCUCCCAACCCCCCCAGGCCCAAACUGUCUUGUCCUGUGCCCCUCUAUGUCCCACCCCCGACCUCCGGCCUCACCUGCAGGGUCAGCACCAGUGCUGUUCACAGCCACAGAGCCGGGCCGCCACCCCCAAACUGGGCCUGGCCACGGUGGGAGUGGGCCGGUCUACUUCCCCUCUGGUGGUCCUUGAAGGUGAUCUAGGGGCGGAGAGGACGCCCAGGGGAAAAUCCAGGAAAGGGGGGUCGCUGAAGGUCCGACUCAGCAAACUGUUCAGAACCAAGAGCUCUGGUGGCGGCGCAGUGGGGGUCCUGGACAAGAGGCCAUCCCUUGCCUCGUCCACCUCGUCGGGGGGGAGUCUUGUGGAUGUGUGGGUGUCCAACAUGGAGGAUGGUGGCAGGCUGCAGACAUGCACGCCACCUUUCACUGGAGAGACUGUGUCUCUGCUGGAUGUUGACAUUUCUCACAGGGGGGCGAACUGUCUCCACCCCCCAACUCCACCUCCUCCCCCGAGACGGAGCCUCAGUCUGCUUGAUGAUUUUGGGGGUCCCCCUCAGCCGCGGGGUUCGCUGGCAGAGUGCGGUGGGGGUGCAUCGAUGCAGUCUCUGCCCCCCCGGCCGGUUGCCCCGCCCCCCUCCCUGAGCGCCAUCCACCACAGCCUGAGCCUCAGUGGUGAAGCACUGGCCGGCCGGCAACUGGCAUGCGCGACGUCAGCGUCGUCAUGGUGCGGUCUCUCCUCAGACUCCUUCCUGCGGGCGUUACCCAGACCUGUUCCGCUGCGGCCCAAUGAUCAGCCCCUCCCUCCCCGGCUGGGCGCCCGCUGCCCCGUCAAACGUCCUGAUGCAGGCAACUUCGCCAGCAGCCUGCGGGAACUGGAAAAGUGCGGCUGGUACUGGGGCCCGAUGACCUGGGAGGACGCUGAGAUGAAACUGAAGGGCAAAGAAGAUGGCUCCUUUCUGGUUCGGGACAGUUCGGACCCGCGUUACAUCCUUAGUCUGAGCUUCAGGUCACAGAGCAUCACGCACCACACGCGCAUGGAGCACUACAGAGGGACGUUCAGUCUGUGGUGUCACCCCAAGUUUGAGGACCGCUGCCACUCAGUGGUGGAGUUCAUCGAGCGAGCCAUCGCGCACUCCAAGAAUGGAAAGUUCCUCUACUUCCUGCGCUCCCGAGUCCCAGGUCUGCCGCCGACGCCGGUCCAGCUGCUGUAUCCUGUGUCACGUUUCCACAGCAUCAAGUCCCUGCAACACCUGUGCCGCUUCUGCAUCCGCCAGCUGGUUCGCAUCGACCACAUCCAGGAGCUGCCCCUGCCCACGCCACUGAUCGCAUAUCUGCGUAAGUUUUACUACUAUGACCCUGAGGAGGAGGUGGCCCCGCCUCCAAGGGAGCGCACGGAGGCCGGCGCCUCGCAGACGUAGCAGACGAGCACGUGAGUGACGGUUUCCCAGAUGGAAACCACCCGGCACUUUGUUCUUUCACGUCCCGGACUAGCAGUCACGCUGUCCUCCGUCUGCCGAGCUCUCUCAUUGGCUCAUGAGGUCACGCCACCUCUGCUGAUGUCAUCGUUAGCGAGGAUGCUAACAGUGUCACUUCAACAUGAAAGACAUGCGCGCACGCUAGCUGGCGAUCAACCUGAGCGGGUGGAGCCCUCACGCUGACUUUGUGGCCUGAUGAUGUCAUGUGACUGCAGAAUGAUGAUGUCAUAAUUGUGAAGUGGGAGGCUACACCAAGCGGUCAAUAAAUGUGGGCGUGGCUUCUCUGCCUCCUCU